AUGAACAAAAUUAGAGUAAUUUCUAGAAAUAUAGCAACAUUUAUAUCAAAGUCAUCAAUAAAUUAAGUGAAAAAAACUUAAAUUUUUAAGAACAUAACAAAGAAUUAGGUCUCUAAAACAAUUGAUUAGAUUUAACAAUUACAAUAAUAAUGUGUUUAAGAGAAAAUAAGAAAUCCUAUAACAGAAUUAUAAAAUAUACAAUUUAAGUUAUUUAAACAAUUUAUCAGAUAUGGUUUAUCAGAAUUAGUUACAAUAAAUAGAAUUCAAUAGAGAACAUAGAUGAAUAUCAAUUAUGUUGGUGAUUAUGAAUCAAAAUUUGCACAUUCUCAUUUUAUUCAUGCAUUAUAAUUAAAUAGAGUUGGUGCCAAUAAUUAUUACUUUACAAUAGAUGAUUUGAAAACAACUUAAAGUGAAUAUAAAAGAACCUGA